UUAGCCAUGCGCGUGGUACGCGGCUGUGACACCCGGCGCAUCGCAGCUCAGGCGAGACGAGCGAGCACCAUGGCCUCGGUGACCUGUGAGGACGUGGCUGUGCGCUUCACCCAGGAUGAGUGGGCUUUGCUGGACCCUUCCCAGAAGAGUCUCUAUGGAGAUGUGAUGCUGGAGACCUAUAGGAAUUUGACUUCUGUAGGCAUAAACUGGGAAUGCUGGGAUUUGGAAGCUUAUUUCAGAAGUCUAGAGAGAAAUUUGAGAGUCCAAUUGGUAAAGAGAGACUGUGAACUUAAAAACAAUGACCCAUGUGGAGAAACGGUUGCCCAGCCAAAGCUUCCUGAAUGUCACACUGCCAGUCAGUCAUCCCUGAAGAGGCACACUACAUCCAACUCUAAAUACAGACCAUGUGACUAUCAGAAAUAUGUGAAGAAAUACUAUGAAUGUAAAAUAUGUGAUAAAGCCUUUACGUGCCUUGGCUCCCUUAAAAAACAUAAAAAGACUCACGCUGGAGAGAAACCAUAUAAAUGUAAGUAUUGUGAGAAAGCCUUCAGUUACCAGCACUGUGUUGAAAGGCAUAUGCUAACUCACAGUGCAGAUAGGCACAAGUGCAUGGUAUGUAGAGAAGCAUUCCCUAAUGCUAUUGCCCUUAGGGAACAUAAAACAAUUCACUCUGGAGAGAUACCUGAAUGUAAGGAAUGUGGAAGAAUGUUCUGGACUUCCAGUUCCCUAGACAUGCAUAAAAGGCUUCAUACAACAGAAAAACUUUAUGAAUGUAAGCACUGCGGGAAAGCAUUCAUGAGGUACUGUUCUUUUCGACUGCAUAAAAGGACUCACACUGGGGAGAAACCUUAUGAAUGUAAGCAAUGUGGGAAAACCUUUAGACAUUCCAGCCAUGUUCAAGCACACAAGCGAAUUCACACUGGAGAGAAACCUUAUGAAUGUAUGCAAUGCGGAAAGACAUUCACUUCUGGCCACUGUGCCAGAAGACAUUUAGGGACUCACAGUGGAGCCUGGCCUUACAAAUGUGAAGUGUGUGGGAAAGCUUAUCCCUAUGUCUAUUCCCUUCGAAACCACAAAAAAUGCCACAACGAAGAAAAGCUUUAUGAAUGUAAACAAUGUGGGAAAACCUUUAAAUACAUUUCUUCUUUACGCAACCAUGAGACUACUCACACUGGAGAGAAGCCUUAUGAAUGUAAGGAAUGUGGGAAAGCCUUUAGUUGUUCCAGUUACAUUCAAAAUCACAUGAGAACACACAAAAGGCAGUCCUAUGAGUGUAAGGAGUGUGGUAAGGUGUUCUCAUAUUCCAAAAGUCUUCGGAGACACAUGACUACACAUAGUUAAUUGGAGAGGGAUAGUUUUAAGUAUAAUUUAAAUACAUAAAAGAGCUCUACACAUUCCAGCUCCUCAUUAAAAAAAAAAAAUUUUUCACAGUGGAAAGCAAGCCUAUGAAUGCAGUAUGUGUGCCAAAGUCUCAGUACACGCCACAGUUUGAUGUGACAAAACCCUCUAAAUUGAAAGAGUAUCAGGAAGCAUUUCAGCUCUGAGGACUUACUGAAGAUGACUUCCACAUAGAGACCUUGGGAAAGCUUUCUGACCAUCCUUGCUAGCAUACAUGGGAAGACAUAGUGAAGAGAGAGAAAUCAAUGGCUGUUGGCCUCUUCCG